CUUUCUUGGCCUGAAUUCCUCCUUUAAACGAACAAGACAACUUUCUGCACUAGUUCAAGUGGAAUGGAUUGGGAUGGGGCUCGAAGCGGGUCUUGCCUUCAAGGCUGUUGUCCUUACAACCUCGAGAGCAGUGAAUUGGUUCGUGGUCUACAAGCAGCUUCAGAAUGCAAACAGGGAAUUUCAAGGAAAAGACGUUCUAGACUUCAAUAUGGUUUGGAUGCCCUGCGUUGGAAUUCUGUGCUCCCACUUGCUUUCUUUCAUAUUUAUGCGCACGGAGAAGACGCGACGUUCAAAAUGUCCGGCUCUGAUCAUCGCCUUAAUUCAGGUGGGGGCCAUUCUCGAACUGUCCCCAAGCCCUUUGUGCCCGGGACGCUCAAAGAAGGCCAAGCGAACGCCAGUAGCAGUGGAGUUGGCACAGCGCACAGAGGUGCACAGCUUUGCAUCCAGCUUCAAUUUGUCGGCCUCAUCAACAACGUCGGACGUGCCAGAUCCAGCAUCGUUGCAAUCAGAUUCGCAGGAGGACUUGAAUAAGCUUCGCACCAGAGUCCUCAGAAAGCUUUGCGUUGCACAGGUGCCGGAGUCUGUGUGCUGCGUGGUCUUUGCGCUAGAUGGGUUGACAGCUAAUGCCCACCGCACUGAUGCAUUCUGGAAUGCAGUUGAUCCAAUGGUGGCUGUCGUGAUCAGUGGCAUUCUGGCUACUUUCCUGGUAGCGUGUGGCUUUGCAGACAUCAUCAUCUCAAUGUGGGUGAAGACAGACUUUGUGCAGGACAAUGCCAAGCUGGUUCAGCUGUUCUACUUGGUUGAAAUCUGCAGCUGGUGGCCAUUUCUCUUCGAAAUUGCUCAAGAUGUAGGUGUUUCUCUCAUGGUUUGGUAUCUUUCGACGGAGCUGAUCGUCAUGAUUUUUUUGGUGGUGGUCGGCUUCUAUGCCAUCCCUGGUGGUAGGAAGCUCCGCGGUUCACGGGUGAAGCUGCUAUUCCAUUUUAUUGGUCAGGUUGCUUUGGCCACAACGUUAAGCCCAUUUCUCGCUGGCGCCAAUCUGAUUUUCUUUGACAACUCCCUGACGUUUCGUUUCCUCAAUAGAUUGUACUAUCCGGUGCGAUACUUGCACGUCGCGUGGUACAUCAAUCAGAUUCCAAUGUCGGUGCAUCAACUUGCACUAGAUCCUGUGAAUGGGUUUGCCCUUUCUUGCCUGUGUAUACAGGUUUUGCUAGUGUACAUCGUGGUGCCAAAGCUGCGCAGAGAAAGCCUGCAGCACUCGGCUGAAGAAUUUCAGCAGCAGACCGGUGGAGCCCUGGAGGUCUCCACAUCAAAGAAUGGAGAUGCCCAGAUUAAAGUUCGCUCCAAUACUGGCCUCAGGGCCAGCGUGUUCGGCGACUCGUCGCGCAAUGCAGUUGAGGACAGCUUCAUAGAGGUGCUGAAUGCCGUUGGCGACACUUUCGAGGCAUUGCUGCUUGCAAGUCAAGCUGACAGCCCGCGAGUGCGUUGCGCUGUCCUUGGUGUGGCAAUUGAACCACUCUCCAAGGCAAGUUCAACUAAGCUCUUGCAGUUGUUGCCAUUGAUUUUGCCACAACUGCUCCUGGACUGCCCUUUGAGUUGCUUCAUAAUCGAGAAGGCCCUCUCCCUCAACGACGCAAGCUUAGUCUCCAUGGUCUACUGGCAGCUGCUUGGCCUUGCUGCAGACCGGGCUGACAGAGCUUGUCACAUGUACCAAGAAAUGCGGCUGCGUCUCCUUCAUGCUUUGUUGCAAAGUGAUUUUAAUGGAAGGCGGUACAAUGGCGACUUUUGCCACAAGGCCCUCGCAUUGGUUGCCAAUCAGCGACGCCUUUGCUACCAAGUGCGAAUGGUUUCGAGGGCUGUAGCUUCAGCAUUGGGAGGGCAUGCCGGCCGAACAGCGGCCCUGCGCCAGCAUUUGGCCGCUCUCCAAGAGAGGAGGGAUCGACGCAGAGCAGAGCAGGAAGCACGACUAGAACCACCAGUGGAGGUGGACAAGAAGGUGAAUCCCGAGGGCGACGAAGAGCUUGGUAUGGUCAGAGUGGAAACAGCUCAAUCUUCAAGCACUCAAAUUAGGUUUGAUCGAGCUCGCUCUCGCUCCCAAUCACUGGAUGCCAAAGACGGGGAGGACGAGCCUGUCAGAGGGAAGAAACAGGUGAUUUUUGCCCCGGAAGUAGCUGGAGAAGCGCGGAGCACCAGUGUGGGCAGUGAGCGGCCAAGUGAAAGUGGAAGGUUGGAUCUUGGAAGGACGCUCUCCCCGGGCUUCAAGACGGAGAGGGAGAGUUCAAGCUGCGCCAGGUGUGCGUGUGCUUGCUUCUUUCGAAAGAGCGAGGCAGCAAAGGUGGACAUCAUUUCUGAGGAGUGGACAGCAGAUCCAAGCAUGCAGCAGUUUGGAAACCAGGACUUGAGUUUGCUGGAUACACUCGGCACGCCACUUCCAGUGGAACCCUCUCGUCCAUUGGGCAAAUUGCAACCCAAGCGGUGCUUUGUGGCGAAUUCUGCUGUAGCUCCAGUGGUGUUUGCGUAUCAAGAACCUGAUUCAGAAGGAGCUGAGGGUGAGACACGUUUUUACGCAAUGAAGAAAGGUGACGAUUUGCGCCAAGAUGCCUUUGUGCUCCAAAUCUUCCGAAUCAUGGAGGCAGCAUGGGCUGAGCAUGGCCUCAGAGAGGUCUCUUUGAUGCCCUACGAUGCCUUGGCGCUGUCCGCAAAGGAGGGAAUGGCUGCCUUUGUACCACGGGCCAAGAAUGUCGCCACAAUUCUGCAGGAAUUUGAUGGGGACAUCAGCCAGUUCAUCAAGAAGCAUUGUGCUGGGUCUGUUUCGGCCGCCUACGACCAACUCUGCGGCAGCACAGCAGGGUUCGGCGAUGAGUUUAAUUUAGUUCACUGCUGUUUUCUUUCAGUUAGUUCGCGCCAUGCCAAUGCAAGGUACUGCAUUGCCACUUACCUCCUUGGGAUUGGGGACCGCCAUUUGGAUAACAUCAUGAUCACUGAGGACGGACAUUUCUUCCACAUCGAUUUUGGCUUUGUCCUUGGGGACGACCCAAAGCCGGGAGCACCUUCAGUGCGAGUGCCCAGUGAGGUGCUAGAAGUGUUGAGGCAAUCAGGUCGAAUUGAUCGCUUCCACGAGCUUCUGCGGGAGGCGUUUGUGCUGGUCCGGCGGACCGCACGUUUGUGGACUGCACUAUUGUCAUUGGCUUCAAGCGCUGGAGGGAAUGGUGUAACCCCACUUCGCGACCAUGCAGACCGGGCCAUCCACACGGUACGGCAGCGGUUGCAUUUGGAGCUGGACGAUGCAUCAGCAGCUGCCGAGAUUACUGCAGAAGUGGAGCAGAAUGCUGUUGCGAUGCUUCCCAUAAUCUACGACAAACUGCACCAGGCUGGACUUUUUUGGCACUGAGACUGCCUGCAGGUCAGGCUGUGUCGAGCAAGCAGUGGUUAUAUAUAGAAUACGUCAAUGUUUUCCUUUAAUAAGCUCCCGAAAAGGCUGCUUGCAGACAAAUUGUUUGCGGAAUGUCAAAGAUACAUUCCAAAUUCCAUUGGCUUUAGCUAGCCAAGUUAACGAACGAGUUUGCCACAGAGCGAGUAGUGUCGUGCACUGCAAUGCACAUGGCAAAUUGUUUCACGUCUUGUUUAGAGAAAGCGCGAGUGCGUGAUUGGUUCAAA